CAUGCGUAGUCUGUCACCGGGUUCCGGAAAUGGUCCAUCUGGCUGGUGCGGCUGCGCCCGGCUGCGCGGACUGAGGAUAGCAGACAUUACGGGGGACCCUAUGCAGCGACUCGUGAGAUGAGUAAAGCUACACAGCCUAUAGGAGGACCCCCAACUGCACCUUCCCCUGGACUCCAGUCAGGAUAUAUUUCUUCACCUACGGCACCUGUGGUGAUUGGGCCACCUCAUAAUAACCCAAUGAAUACCCAAUCUCAACCUAGGCCCGCAGGAUUCAGAUCAAUUCAGCACUACUAUCAAAGUCGAACACAGCCUCCGAGCAGUGCCACUCGAGUUCAGAGUAGCUCUUCGGCUCGGGCAGUUCCCCCUGCCCAUGUAUAUUCUGCGAGCCAACCGCAGGUCGUCAUGAUCCCGUCUCCGUAUCCCUCACAGAGCUACUACAUACAAGGGGGACAGGGUCGCCCGUAUGUAGUUCCAACCCAGCAGUACCCCGUACAGCCUGGUGCACCCAGUUUUUUCCCCAGUGCCAGUCCUACAGAAUACGGCACGUUUGCUGGGGCAUAUUAUCCAGCGCAGCAACAGUAUUCUGCAGGAGUGCCUAGCGCUCAGGUAAUGAUGAGUGCGCCUCAGUCCAUUCCACCAAAGCGUGAGAGAAAAACGAUACGGAUUAGAGAUCCUAACCAGGGCGGCAAAGAUGUUACUGAUGAAAUUUUAUCUGGGGGACGUACCACAUCUACCCCAACGCCACCCCAGUCAGCAACUGGAGGACCAGAAGUGCAGGCAAAUGGAGAAAAUGCUCAUGUACCUGUAGUGGUACGUCCAGAUGAUGGCGGCAAGAUCACCCAAGUGCUGAUCAAGGCUUCUGAAAGCCCAUCACCACCUCUUGCGUCUUCUGAAGUAGAGAGGAAUAUGCCAGAUGCCUGUGAAACUGAUAUAAAAGUUGACAGCACUACACCAGAAGUGACCUCUUCUUGCAUAAUUGCUCAGAACUCACUAGAUAUAAUAGAAAACCCCAAUGCACAAGUAUUGGAGGUCUCAGAGGCUCCUACUGAACCAGAAAACGAAUUUAUAGAAGAAUCCACACAACUGACAGUGCCCUUUGUAGAGUUACCUACCACACAGACAGACCUGCAACCAGAUACGCCCACUCUCCUGCCCCUGGAACAUACAUCUUCACACACAUCUGUUGAUUUGUCUGCUGCACAAGUUGCUCCACUGGUUCAUGAAGAGUCACCAUCACCAUCCGCAUCUGCAAAUGAUCAGCACCAAACCGAGGAACUCACUCCUGAAAUUUCAGAUACUCCUGACUCUGUAGGACCUGAGGAGGUGGUAGACACAAGUAAAGAGUCCGAAAGUAUUCCUCCAGAGAGCAUAGUUUGCCCUACAGAACUUCAAUCAAAUGGAUUAUCUGCAGAAUUGCCGGUGCCCUGUGUUGAAAUACAACCAACAUUGAUAUGUCAGGAGGAGCCUACUGUAGUUUCCCCUAUAGCCCAGCCUGAAGAGUUACUGCUGACAAAUGGCGAAGGAACACCUGAGCAAAUAGAAAAUGAUAUAAAAGGAAAUCUUGAGGCACAUGUAAGUCCAAUUAGUGAGCCAGAAGAACAGCCUUUGGUAGUUCCUGAGCCUGUAAAUGUGGUGGAAGAUAAAGAAAAAGACCCCCCUGCUGAUGUUGACGUAGCCUCAAAACCGAACACAGACAACCAAUCACAAGUUGCUGUUUCUGUACCUAAAAAGAAGAGGAAAAUCAAAACUUUCAACAACAAAGCAGUUGGUGAUUUAUUGGAUGCGUUUAAAGAGGUAGUUGACGGGUCCUCUGAUGCGGAGUUAACGCAACAGCUGCCAAGUGUGGCUCUUCAGCCAGAACAAGAACCUGUGGCACCCCCUGAGGAGCAGGAUGAGACUUGGGAGGAAAAGGAAGACAAGAUUGAUGCCGAAAAUAUUAAACCAGGGGAUCACAAGUAUGGGUAUAAAGGAGAGCAAUGGAAACCUAUUAACCCAGAAGAGAAGAAAAGCUACGACCGGGAGUUUCUCCUUGGUUUUCAAUUUAUAAUGGCCAGCAUGCAAAAGCCAGAGGGCCUUCCUCAGAUAUCAGAUGUUGUUUUGGAUAAGAUAAUUUGUCAACAGGCUAACAAAACUCCCCUGCGGCCACUGGACCCAACACGACUUACUGGUAUGAAUUGUGGUCCAGAUUUUACACCUUCGUUUGCCAAUUUAGGCCGCCCUAAUACCAACAACCGUGGACUGCCACCUGGAAUGGUUCCAAGGAGAUCCCAGCAGGGUCCCCGUAAAGAACAUCGCAAAAUUAUUCAGGCCGUUUCAUUGAAUGAAAAUGUGCAACUAAAUAAAGCUGAAAAGGCGUGGAAGCCGACUAACAAAAGGGCUAGUGAGGAAGAGGACCCUGAAAAUAUUAAAACACAGGAAUUAUUCCGUAGAGUGCGCAGCAUUUUAAAUAAACUGACACCACAGAUGUUCCAGCAGUUAAUGAAACAGGUCACAGACCUUGCCAUAGACACAGAAGAUCGGCUAAAAGGAGUCAUUGACCUCAUAUUCGAAAAAGCCAUUUCGGAGCCAAAUUUUUCGGUUGCAUAUGCAAAUAUGUGCCGAUGCCUUAUGGGGCUUAAAGUCCCAACUUCAGACAAGCCGGGAGUAUAUGUUAACUUCCGCAAGCUGCUCUUAAAUCGCUGCCAGAAAGAAUUCGAAAAGGAUAAAGAUGAUGAUGAAGUUUUUGAGAAGAAGCAAAAGGAGUUGGAUGCUGCUUCCUCGCCUGAAGAAAAGACUCGCCUAAAUGACGAAUUGGUGGAAGCCCGGGACAGUGCUCGCCGACGCUCCCUUGGAAACAUUAAGUUUAUUGGAGAGCUUUUUAAGUUGAAGAUGUUAACUGAAGCCAUCAUGCAUGAUUGUGUCGUGAAGUUACUCAAAAAUCACGAUGAAGAGUCCUUGGAGUGUCUUUGCCGUUUAUUAUCCACUAUUGGCAAGGACCUCGACUUUGAGAGAGCAAAGCCACGUAUGGACCAAUACUUCAACCAGAUCGACAAAAUCAUAAAAGAGAGGAAGACAUCAUCUCGUAUAAGAUUCAUGCUUCAGGAUGUGAUGGAUUUGCGCAUCUGCAACUGGGUACCUCGUCGUGGAGAAUCAGGGCCUAAAACUAUUGACCAAAUUCAUAAGGAAGCGGAAUUAGAAAAGCAGCGUGAACACGUAAAAGUUCAACAGCUAAUGUCUAAACAAGACAAAAGACGUGAGCCUCCUGGGCGCCCCACUGGUGGACGCGGCAAGGAGCCCGCAGACGAUGGAUGGAAUACUGUUCCCAUCAGUAAGGGGAGCCGUCCUAUUGAUACCAGUAGACUUAGCAAGAUAACCAAGCUUGGUGCAAUUGAUUCCAACCAACUUCUGGCACCUGGGGGCCGCUUAAGCUGGGGUAAAGGGAGCAGUGGGGGAUCUGGAAGUAAACCUGAGCCAACACCAGAGUCUGGACGCCCAGCUACCAGCACUCUGAAUAGGUUUUCAGCUUUACAGCAGUCUUCAGCAGUAGAGAGUCAGGAUGCAAGGCGACCUGUUCAAAGGGGUAGUUCCAGUCGCGAUAGAUCUGAGAAGGAACGUGGAGACAGAUUUGAACGAUUAGAUCGCUUUGAAAAAGCAGAUUUAUUUGACCGGUCAGAUCGAGCUCGACCCCUAGUGACGAAGAGGAGCUACAGCAAAGAAACAGAGGAUCGUAGCAGGGAGCGAGAAAGCCUUAUACCACAGGAGGCAAUCCGAAAGGUUGCUAGCAUGACCGAACCAAGGGAUCGCAGCAAAGAAAGUUUGAAGCGAGAAUUACCUGUUCAAUCUGCACCAGUAGCACCUUCACAACCAUCCUUGUCUGAAGAUGAACUAGAAAAGAAAUCAAAAGCAAUAAUAGAAGAAUAUUUACAUAUAAAUGAUUUGAAGGAGGCACUCCAGUGUGUCCAAGAGCUAAGCAGCCCAACAUUGCUCUUUAUAUUCGUUCGAAAUGGCAUAGAAUCUACAUUGGAAAGAAGCACCAUUGCACGAGAGCAUAUGGGUUUUUUGUUGUACCAGCUGGUGAAGGCUGGAACACUUUCCAGGGAACAAUAUUACCAGGGUGUCCUGGAGGUUAUGGAGGUGGCAGAUGACAUGGCGAUAGAUAUACCGCAUAUAUGGCUAUAUCUGGCUGAGCUUAUAUCGCCCAUUCUUCAAGAGGGAGGCAUUCCAAUGGGAGAGCUGUUUAGACAUUUGACGAAACCAUUGGUACCCAUUGGAAGAGCUGGUGAUCUAUUAUCAGAGAUCUUGAGUUUGCAGUGCAAGGAAAUGAGCCAUAAGAAAGUAGGAGCAUUUUGGCAAGAAUCUGGUCUUAGUUGGAGCGAGCUCCUGUCUAAAGACCAGGAUGUAAAUAAGUUUUUAAGUGAAAAGAAUCUAGAGUACACUCAAGGAGAAGAGACAGAGACUCCUAGCAGAAAGGAAUUGUCUGGUAUUGAGCUUGACAACAUUUUGACUAGGCUACUAAAAGAGAGCACCACCAACCAAAAGAUAUUUGACUGGGUAGAAGCCAACCUAAGCGACCAGCAAAUCCUAUCCACUACUUUUAUCCGAGCACUGAUGACUGCUGUGUGCCACUCAGCAAUUAUUUUUGAAAAUCCUUAUAGAGUGGAUGUUAAAGUAAUUCGCACAAGAGCCAAACUCCUCGAAAAGUACCUGCUGAGUGAUGAGUCCAAGGAGCUGCAGGCUCUGUAUGCUCUUCAGGCACUUGUUGUGAAGCUAGACCAACCUCCAAACCUUCUACGAAUGUUUUUUGAUGCUCUAUACGAUGAAGAUGUUAUCAAAGAGGAACCGUUUUACAAAUGGGAGUCCAGCAAAGACCCAGCCGAACAGCAAGGAAAGGGUGUUGCCCUUAAAUCGGUAACAGCCUUCUUCACGUGGUUGCGAGAAGCUGAAGAUGAGUCUGAUAAUUAAACAAAUGGACUAAACAUUGAAAAAUUGAUGCCCUUAUGCUUGCUCUCUGUAUUCCUUGGGGCUUCCAGUGUAAUGUUUUUGGGUUUUGUUUUGUUUUGUUUUUUUGGGGGGGUGGGGGGGGGUUUUUUUUUUUUUUUUUCCCCUGACUUAUCACAAAAAAAACCAACAAGAAUUCCUAAUGAAUUUGCUUUUGUCAGAAAAACAAUUGACUCUCAAUAAGAUAUGCCUGGGGUAAUGGAAGUCUGGCACCAAAAACGUAGAAUGACUAAAGGUCUGGCAGAUACAGGCAAUAUAUGGGAGAAAUUCUGACACAAAGCCAGAUGUGCAAAAA